CUCGCCUUGACUAUUGUAACUCCCUCCUCAUUGGCCGACCUCAUCGUAGGCUAUCCCCUCUUCAACUCAUCCACCUUACUAACCAUUCUGUAUUUGCCACCCCUCUCUGCCAAUCCCUCCACUGGCCUCCACUCAAUGUCCUCCACCCCUCUCUGCCAGUCCCUCCACCAGCCUCUACUCAGUGUCCUCCACCCCUCUCUGCCAAUCCCUCCACUGGCCCCCACUCAGUGUUCUCCAUCCCUCUCUACCAAUCCCUCCACUGGCCUCCAGUCAGUGUCCUCCACCCUUCUCUGCCAAUCCCUCCACUGGCCUCCAUGCAGUGUCCUCCACCCCUCACUUACAAUCCCUCCACUGACCUCCACUCAGUGUUCUCCACUCCUCUCU